UAUCGGCGUGGCUUAUUAGCGAUGCUACGUAGUGGCUGAAGUGGCUUAAGCUAUUUACUUAGGCCCCUAAAACUGAGUCCCAUGGCACUGGAAUAUUCAACAAACAGCUGAAGAGCUUGAAGUAAUCCUCUAAUUCACAAACAAGACAAAAUGGCCGAGAAACCUCUACCCACCAUCAACACGGAAUCCAUAGAAGAAUCCCUGCACCGGCUCUCUAAGAAACCCGGCGUCAAAGCAUGGCUCAUGCUCGACCGGUCCAACGGCGCUGUCCUCAAGACCAACGGCCAGAUCUCCGCCAUCCGACCCGCGCGACUAUCUACUGCCACCGAUAGCAAUAAUAAGACCUCACUCCCGCUGCCGAACCCUGCUGGCGGUUCUUUUUCAACCGACGUCAACGCCAACACCAACAAUGAGACCCAGGCCGCCCAGGAGCUCGGGAGCAUGGUUUGGACUUUUCUGAGCACUGCGGGGAGUUUGGUCGACGAAAUUGAUUCCGAGGAUGAAUUGAAGCUACUUAGGCUGCGCACAAAGAAGCAAGAGCUCGUCAUCGUGCCCGAGCUCAAGUAUCUACUAGUCGUCGUCCACGACACGCCUCCCGUGUAACAUUAUGGCAUAUAUCUGAAGCAUUUAUCGAGUUUGAAGACUCCUAGUCUAGCUUUGUCAAGCUAGUACUUAUGGCAUUCGCGGCGUUUGGCGGCGUUCGGGAAGGCAUUAUACCCAAGAUUGCCGGAAUGAA